AAAUGCCUGGAGUGUGGAAAAAGCUUCAGUCAGAGUGGAAAUCUUACUGUCCAUCAAAGAAUUCACAGAGGGGAGGAAUCGUAUAAAUGCCUGGAGUGUGGAAAAAGCUUCAAUCAAAGUGGAAAUCUUACUGUCCAUCAAAGAAUUCACAGAGGGGAGAAACCACAUAAAUGCCUGGAGUGUGGAAAAAGCUUUAGUCAGAGUGGAAAUCUUACUGUCCAUCAAAGAAUUCACAGAGGGGAGAAACCGUAUAAAUGCCUGGAGUGUGGAAAAAGCUUCAAUCGGAAUGGAACUCUUACUAUCCAUAAAAGAAGUCACACAGGGGAGAAACCGUAUAAAUGCCUGGAGUGUGGGGAAAGCUUCAAUCAAAGAGGAAAACUUGCUGUCCAUCAAAGAAUUCACAGAGGGGAGAAACCACAUAAAUGCCUGGAGUGUGAGAAAAGCUUCAGUCAGAGUGGAAAUCUUACUGUCCAUCAAAGAAUUCACAGAGGGGAGAAACCGUAUAAAUGCCUGGAGUGUGGAAAAAGCUUCAAUAAAAGUGGACAUCUUACUGUCCAUCAAAGAAGUCACACAGGGGAGAAACCGUAUAAAUGUCUGGAGUGUGGAAAAAGCUUCAGUCAGAGUGGAGAUUUUACUGUCCAUCAAAGAAUUCACAGAGGGGAGAAACCAUAUAAAUGCCUGGAAUGUGGAAAAAGCUUCAGUCAGAGUGGAAGUCUUACUGUCCAUCAAAGAAUUCACACAGGGGAGAAACCGUAUAAAUGCCUGGAGUGUGGAAAAAGCUUCAAUAAAAGUGGACAUCUUACUGUCCAUCAAAGAAUUCACAGAGGGGAGAAACCGGAGAAACCAUAUAAAUGUUUGGAGUGUGGGAAGUCCUUCUUUCAGAAUGGCCACCUAAAUAGACAUCAAAAGUUUCACACGGGGGAGAUGCCAUAUAAAUGCUCGGAGUGUGGGAAGAGUUUCACUCAUAAUAGCUACCUAACUGGACAUCAAAAGGUUCACAUGCGGGAGAAGCCAUAUAAAUGCUUGGAAUGUGGGAAAAGCUUCUCUGAAAAUGGCAUCCUAACUAAACAUCACAGGAUUCAUACAGGAGAGAAACCAUAUAAAUGCUUGGAGUGUGGGAAGAGCUUCUCUCAGAAUGGCCACCUAAAUAGACAUCAAAAGGUUCACACGGGGGCGAAGCCAUAUAAAUGCUUGGAGUGUGGGAAGAGCUUCUCUGAAAAUAGCACCCUAGCUACACAUCUAAAGGUUCAUACAGGGGAGAAGCCAUAUAAAUGCUUGGAGUGUGGGAAAAGCUUCUCUCAAAACGGCACCCUAAAUAAACAUCACAGGAUCCACACAGGAGAGAAGCCAUAUAAAUGUUUGGAGUGUGGGAAAUGUUUUUCUCAGUGUAGUUCCUUAAUUACCCAUGAAAAGUUUCAUAUAGGAGAGAAGCCAUGUAAAUGCUUGGAGUGUGGGAAGAGCUUCACUGAGAAUGGCACCCUAACUAGACAUCUAAAGGUUCAUACAGGGGAGAAGCCAUAUAAAUGCUUGGAGUGUGGGAAGAGCUUCACUGAUAAUAGCACCCUAACUAAACAUUAUAGGAUUCACACGGGGGAGAAGCCAUAUAAAUGCUUGGAGUGUGGGAAGAGCUUCACUGAGAGUGGCACCCUAACUAGACAUCUAAAGGUUCACAUGCGGGAGAAGCCAUAUAAAUGCUUGGAGUGUGGGAAGAGCUUCACUGAGAGUGGCACCCUAACUAGACAUCUAAAGGUUCACAUGCGGGAGAAGCCAUAUAAAUGCUUGGAGUGUGGGAAGUGUUUCUUUCAGCGUAGUAACUUAAUUAUCCAUGAAAAGUUUCACAUGGGGGAAAAGCCAUAUAAAUGCCUGGAAUGUGGGAACAGCUUCUUUCUGAAUGGCCACCUAAAACGACAUCUCAAGGUUCAUACAGGGGAGAAGCCAUAUAAAUGCUUGGAGUGCGGGAAGAGCUUCUCUCAAAAUGGCCACCUAAAUAGACAUCAAAAGGUUCACACAGGAGAGAAGCCAUAUAAAUGCUUGGAAUGUGGGAAGAGCUUCUCUGAUAACGGCAACCUAACUAAACAUCACAGAAGACACAUAGGGGAGAAGCCGUAUAAAUGCCUGGAGCUGAAUGCUUAGUGUGGGAAGAGCUUGUCUCUGAAUAACAAGCUCGCUAAACAUCAAGAGGUUGCACUCGGGAGAAGCCAUAUUAGAUGGGGUCACACAGGGGAGAAGCUAUAUAAAUGUUUAGAAUGUAGAAAGAUGUUUGGUGAGAGCUGAAGCCUUACUUGCAGCACAAGUUUCACACAGGAGAAUAGUCAUCCAAUCCAAGUUAGUGUGUGGGACACAACUUUGUUUGUCUGACCUUGCCUGCUUAUGAACAUGAUGUGAUUUAUGCUUGUUGCCCUGACAAGGGAACAUCUUUAUGCCUAACUUCCUUCUUGUCCAUCUUACUUUUUUUUUUUGUUAGCAUCAAAUAUAUGCAUGUAGGACUCCUGGUGUGCAAAAUAUAUGUAUUUUUUCUGUAUUCUCCUAAAGCCUCUCAUGUUAAUGGAUUAUUCACUGAGGUGGUGAGAUUAAUUACCUCUUACAAAAUGCUAGAAUUUACCAAUGGUAAGAACUUUGAUUCUGUCUGUUUGAAAAGUUGUCAUGUUGUGGAUUAUUUUUUUAUUCUUCCCCUUGAAGGUCAAUAACGAAUGUAACUUACCAUCUAUGUGUAUCUUAGGGCUACAAUAUCCCCUUUCUGGAAAUUUUAUUUUAAAUAUUACUAAUAAAUUUACUAACAGUUAUCACUUUAGUAAGUUUUCUUCUCUAGGAAUUUUGUUCAGAUCAGUUUUGCAAGGUUCUGCACAUUUAGUCAAAAGGAGUGCUGCUUAUCCCUUCUUUCCUCAUUUUUCAGUUAUCUGAUUCAUAAUUUUUAUCAGUUUUAUUUUUAAGUGGUUUGCUAGUU